CUGCCAAUUCAACGCAGUACAAUUACAAUACACAUUACAAAUUUUUUACAGAGCAAAUUUCAUCCUCCCACCUGUCCCCCAUUCCCCUUUUGUGUUCAACCUUCAAAUUCUCAUCGCCCGUGACCAAAAUAUCGUUAGUGCAUAGAAUAUAACACGAACACGUUUCAAUUUAUCAUUACAUUGGUAUAUUGAUCGGGCAGCAGAGUAGGGAUUUAGGGAGACGCUGAGUAUGAGGAACCUGCAACUGACGGCGAAGGGUUCGUCGGUGGCGAUGGACACCGGCGAAGAAGAGAGGUUACUGGGCUCUUUCGAUGAGGAGAAUUUUGAGCAAAUAUCGGGGAAUUUCAGGAGAAUUCAGGUGAGUGUUACAGGUAUGACAUGUGCAGCCUGCUCAAAUUCCGUGGAAUCAGCUCUCAUGAGCAUAAACGGCGUCGUGAAAGCCUCCGUUGCCUUGCUACAGAACAGGGCUGAUGUUACUUUUGAUCCUGCCUUAGUCAAGGAUGAAGACAUUACAAAUGCAAUAGAAAAUGCAGGGUUCGAUGCUGAGAUUCUGUCUGAACCGCGUACGUCUUGCACUAAACCAGAUGGAACAUUAGUAGGACAGUUUACAGUAGGAGGAAUGACUUGUGCAGCUUGUGUAAAUUCUGUAGAAGGAAUUCUGAGAGCUCUUCCAGGUGUGAAGAAGGCUGUAGUUGCUUUGGCUACUUCAUUUGGGGAGGUUGAAUAUGACCCCAUUGCUAUAAGUAAGGAAGGUAUAGUCAGUGCAAUCGAAGAUGCUGGCUUUGAAGCUUCCUUUAUACAGAGUACUGGGCAGGAUAAAGCUGUAUUAGGGGUUAAUGGAGUAUCAAGUGCAACGGAUUUACAGCUGUUAGAAGGCAUUCUUUGCAACUUAAAGGGCGUGAGACAAUUUCAUUUCGAGCGAACUUCAAAAGAGUUAGAAGUUCAUUUUGAUCCAGCGUUUCUCAAUUCUAGAUCUUUAAUUGAUGAGAUUGAAAGAGGAAGCUAUGGAAAAUUCAAGUUACUUGUCAAGAAUCCUUAUACAAGAAUGGUUUCUAAAGAUCUAGAAGAAUCAUCAAAGAUGUUUCGGCUAUUUACUGCGUGCUUGUUUCUUAGCGUUCCUGUCAUUUUCAUGCGAGUCGUCUGUCCUCACAUCCCUUUCAUAUAUUCUUUACUAAUUCGGCGAUGUGGUCCUUUUCAAAUGGGGGAUUGGCUGAAGUGGGCUUUGGUGACUAUCGUUCAAUUUGUUAUUGGUAAGCGUUUCUAUGUUGCAGCUAGCAGAGCACUUCGGAAUGGUUCAACAAACAUGGAUGUUUUGGUUGCAUUGGGAACUUCAGCUUCAUACUUCUACUCUGUGUAUGCGUUAUUAUAUGGUGCAAUCACAGGGUUCUGGUCUCCCACAUACUUUGAAACAAGUGCAAUGCUAAUAACAUUUGUACUUUUUGGUAAAUACUUGGAAAGUCUUGCAAAGGGAAAAACAUCGGAUGCUAUCAAAAAGCUUGUGGAACUCGCACCUGCCACUGCUGUAUUGCUUGUCAAAGACGAAGGUGGAAAAAUUCUAGGAGAAAGAGAAAUUGACGCCUUGCUAAUUCAGCCUGGCGACAUAUUAAAAGUACUUCCUGGUUCAAAGAUUCCUGCUGAUGGUUUGGUUGUUUGGGGUUCAAGUUAUGUAAAUGAGAGUAUGGUUACUGGUGAAUCUGAUCCUGUUCUGAAAGAGGUCACUUCAUCGGUUAUUGGGGGUACAAUAAACUUGCAUGGUUCGCUUCAUAUACAGGCCAAUAAGGUAGGAUCCAAUACAGUUUUGAGCCAAAUUAUUUCUCUGGUUGAGACUGCGCAGAUGUCAAAAGCGCCCAUUCAGAAGUUUGCCGACUUUAUUGCAAGCAUCUUUGUCCCUGUGGUUGUGACACUGGCAUUGUUGACAUUACUAGGAUGGUAUGUUGCUGGAUUUCUCAGAUCCUACCCCAAAGAGUGGUUGCCAGAAAAUAGCAACUAUUUUAUUUUUUCCCUCAUGUUUGCUAUAUCAGUCGUGGUAAUUGCUUGCCCAUGUGCACUUGGACUGGCCACCCCUACUGCUGUCAUGGUUGCAACAGGGAUUGGAGCUAACAACGGUGUACUCAUCAAAGGAGGAGAUGCCUUAGAGAGGGCACAAAAGGUCAAUUACGUGGUAUUUGAUAAGACAGGCACCUUAACCCAGGGAAAAGCCUCAGUUACAACAGCAAAAGUUUUCUCAGGAAAGGAUCGCAGUGAAUUUCUUAAAUUAGUGGCUUCAGCUGAGGCCUGCAGUGAGCAUCCUUUGGCAAAGGCAAUACUCGAAUAUGCCUGUCAUUUCCAUUUUUUUGAUGAAGCUUCCACUAUGAAGGAGGUCCAAAAUCAUGUCCUGGAGUCUAAGUUCUCUGGGUGGCUUCUCGGUGUCUCGGAUUUUUCAGCCUUGCCUGGAAGAGGCAUUAAGUGCUUUAUUGAUGGAAAGCAUGUUUUGGUUGGUAACCGGAAGCUGAUGACUGAGAAUCAGGUGACUAUUUCGAGUGAUGUGGAAAAUUUUAUUGUAGGGUUGGAGGAAAGUGCCGAGACUGGAAUACUUGUGGCAUAUGAUAAUGAACUAAUUGGUGUUCUUGGGGUAGCAGAUCCGCUAAAGAGAGAAGCUGCUGUUGUUAUAGAGGGCCUCGUGAAAAUGGGUGUUAAUCCUGUCAUGGUUACUGGGGAUAAUUGGAGAACAGCUCUGGCUGUUGCCAAGGAGGUUGGCAUUAGAGAUGUUAGGGCAGAGGUGAUGCCUGUUGGAAAAGCAGACGUUAUUCGUUCAUACCAGAAAGGCAGAAAUGUAGUUGCAAUGGUGGGUGACGGCAUUAACGAUUCUCCUGCCUUGGCUGCUGCUGACGUUGGUAUGGCAAUCGGGGCAGGGACAGAUAUUGCAAUAGAAGCUGCCGACUAUGUGCUGAUGAGGAAUAAUUUAGAAGACGUCAUCACAGCUAUUGAUCUUUCAAGAAAGACUUUCGCCAGGAUUAGGUUGAAUUAUGUAUUUGCCAUGGCUUACAAUGUGAUAGCUAUCCCAGUUGCUGCUGGGGUUUUAUUUCCUUGGCUAAAAGUGAAGUUGCCACCAUGGGUAUCAGGUGCAUGCAUGGCGUUGUCAUCCGUGAGUGUCGUAUGCUCUUCUUUGCUUCUUAGGAGAUAUAAAAAACCCAGGCUUACAACUAUUCUGGAAAUCACCGUAGACUAGUAAUUCCAAUUUAAAGGGGAGAAAAUUGAAACAUAUGUUACCUUAGAAAGCCAACCGGAAAUUAAUGAUAGUUUACAAUGCCCAAUUUUGUGUAUAAUUUCACAUUCUUUUCCUUUCACUUUCCUCUUCUUCCGUUAUAAACUCGCUCGUGUAAUCCAAUUUACAUAUUGUCUUUUAUGUUAUAAUGUUAUGUAGCACUACUGUGCCUAGUACCA